AGCUAUAUGAAUCCUCCACGACAGAUCAUAGAAAUUGAGUAACUUUGUUGAAUGAAAAUAAAUAUUCUAAAUUGCUAGACAUUAUUUUAAAACCCCCAUAUUCAUAUAUAGAUAGUACUAAUUGCAUGAGAAAAAAACAUGGUUACAUUGUGUUGGAGGCCUUCUGUUAAAGGGGAUGGUAGUCGACGAGGAGGUGAUCCGAAUGGUAGGUUUAAAGGAUUAAUGUGGUAUAAGGAUUUGGGAAUUCAUGCAAAUGGAGAAUUUUCAAUGGCAGUUAUACAAGCGAAUAAUUUGAUGGAAGAUCAGAGUCAGCUCGAAUCAGGGCUAUUGAGUAGUGUAAAAUUAGGACCUCAUGGAACAUUUGUUGGUGUCUAUGAUGGACAUGGAGGACCAGAGACAUCGCGGUUUAUAAACAAUGCUUUGUUCUCGAAUCUCAAGAAAUUUGCAUCAGAGCAUCAAGAAAUUUCUGCUGAUGCCAUAAGAAAAGCCUUCUUGAAAACUGAAGAGGAGUUUCUGUCACUUGUAAAGAGACAAUGGAAUGAGAAGCCACAGAUUGCAACAGUAGGAUCAUGUUGCUUGGCUGGUGUAAUAUGUAGUGGACUCCUAUAUACCGCCAAUGUUGGAGAUUCGCGUGCAGUACUAGGCAGAGUAGAUAAAGCUGCAAAGAGUGUAGCAGCUAUUCAAUUGUCAACAGAGCAUAAUGCUAGUAUCGAAUCCGUGAGAGAUGAGCUUAGGUCAUUGCAUCCUCAGGAUUCACGGAUUGUGGUACUCAAACACAACGUUUGGCGUGUGAAAGGUAUUAUACAGGUUUCAAGGUCCAUUGGUGAUGCAUAUCUUAAGAAGUCGGAGUUCAACCAGGCACCAUUAUUGGCAAGAUUUAGAUUGCCAGAGCCCUUCUCGGAACCAAUCCUCAGCGCGGAGCCAUCAAUAUCUGUUCACAAACUCAUUUCCAAGGAUCAAUUCGUCAUAUUUGCUUCGGAUGGUCUAUGGGACCAUAUAAGCAACCAGGAGGCUGUUGAUAUUGUCCACAAUCAUCCUAGAAAUGGAAUUGCUAGAAGAAUUAUCAAAGCUGCUCUACAUGUAGCAGCAAAGAAAAGAGAAAUGCGAUAUUCGGACCUAAAAAAGAUCGAUCGAGGUGUAAGAAGACAUUUCCAUGAUGAUAUCACAGUUGUAGUUGUGUUCAUUGAUCCAUAUUCCAUGAAUAGAAGUUCUUCUCGCAGUUCAAUUCUCUCUAUUAGAGGUGGCACUCCCUCCUCUCCAAAAAUGUAGUUCCAACAUCUUCCAAAUGACACUUCAUCAUGAGUCAAUCCACUUGGCAGAGACGGAACCAGAAUUUGAAGUUCA